CAAGUAUCAGCUGGAACGGAUCUGAAAGCACGGUAGUGCUGAGGAAUAAAUGACUGAAGAAGAUGAGAAAAGGGCGUUUAUUCUUUGUGUUCAUACAUCGCUGGAUGGGUGACAAUUUGUAAUGAUUGUUCGUCAGGUGUCAGAUGAUCUUCGCUCCUCUUCCUGGAAACCAUCGCGGUGGAUUUAUGCAACAAAAGGAGAGAAAAGCACAGACGCUUCCUUCUUCCACCUUCAGAGGAUUGACGGCUGGCCUGACAUCAUUGGCUGCUCGUUGGGAAUGAAUCAUCGCCUUCAUCAGGGGGGGUCAGGGAUGCUGUCACUGUCACUGCACCCUUAAAAUACCACAGGCAAACCCACACGUACACAAACCCACCCAGACCCUAGUGCGUGUCCGCGCUCUGAGAUUAUAAAGCCGCUUGUUUUCUGGAGGCAGCAUGGAGGAAAUCCUGCGAAAGCUGCAGAAAGACGCGUCCGGCCACAAGCACAAAGCUAUCCGCGAUGCCUGCGUCUACGCCUGCGAAACCCUUGAGUGUCAGAAUGGAUCAGCCAGGAUUUCCCCGUCACAGCUUCGAGAGCGCUGUCUGCUGCCGCUACAGAUGGCUCUGGAGUCAAAAAACACCAAACUGGGACAGACGGCGCUUACUGGGAUGCAGAAACUCCUGUGUGAGGACAGGUUUGUGGGUGGAGUCGGCGUCGAGGUGGAGGUCCUGGAGAAGCAGCUGCUCAGCCAGAUGUUGGAGGCCAUCAGAGUCACCCCAACCCUCCAUGAAGACCUGCAGGUGGAAGUCAUGAAGGUCCUGCUGUGUAUCACCUACUCACCAAACUUCGACAUCAACGGAGACUCCAUCCUCCGCAUUGCUGAGGUGUGUAUCGAGACCUACAUGUCCAGCUGUCACCAGCGCAGCAUCAACACGGCGGUCCGAGCCACGCUGAGCCAGAUACUGGGAGACCUGACGCUCCAGCUGCGACACAGACAAGAGGGUGCAGAUGGAGACGAGGUGACUGCGCCGCCACUCCACAGAAGAGAUAUUUCCCCAACCAGCCAGGCUCUGUGUGAGGAUGUGGUGACGGUCCUGACAGUUUUCUGUGAAAAACUGGAGUCGGUGGACAGUGAUAACCAGCUCCUGCAGCUCCUCUACCUGGAGUGCAUCCUCUCCAUGCUCAGCAGCUGUCCUCCCACAAUGCACCUGUCCAGAGGUUUCACCGACCUUGUAUGGAAGCAGCUGUGUCCGUCCCUCGUUGCGAUCAUGGGGAAUCCUGUCAACGACAAAACGAUUGCUUCCCACCACGGCUACAUGGGGGCGCCAGACCGCCUUUCGGAAAGACUCAAUUUAGGGAUCGGUCAGGAGGUGGACUCCUUCGGUGGAGGAAUAUCCGACCAAGGCAGAGGGUCUGGCUGUUCCUCCAGCGCCCCCGCCAGGAUUGCACCAGUAGUGCGGACUGUGUGUUACAUUGCAGCGGAGCUUGUGCGUCUGGUGAGCUGCGUGGAGUCGAUGAAACCGGUGCUGCAGUCGCUCUACCACAGGAUCCUGCUGUACCCGCCUCCUCAGCACCGCACCGAGGCCAUCCGCAUCAUGAAGGAGAUUCUGGGCAGUCCCCAGCGGCUGUACGACCUGGCCGGUCCCUGCAUGGCUGAGCCUGAAACCAGGAAGCGCUCCUUCUCAAAGAGGAAGUCCCACCUGGACCUGCUGAAACUAGUGAUGGAUGGGAUGACAGAGGCUUGUAUGAAAGGAGGCAUCGAGGCGUGUUACUCUUCAGUCUCCUGUGCCUGCGCUCUCCUCGGGGCACUGGAUGAACUGUCGCAGGGCCGCGGCAUCCAAUCUGAGCAGGCUCGCCUCCUCCUCAGACGACUGGAGGAUCUCAAAGACGGAACAGAGUCGACCCGUGAGUCCAUGGAGAUAAACGAGGCUGACUUCAGAUGGCAGAGACACAUCCUCUCCUCCGAGCAGGCUCCCUGGGACCCCAGCUCUUCCUCCUCCAAUGCAGGCACAACCGGGGCCACCGAGCGGAGCCCUGACAUCAGCAUCAGCAUCACCACUGAAACGGGCCAAACCACUGUGGAUCUGGAGGCGGGGGAAUUCAGCGCGGGUCUGGGUCACACCACUCCCGAAGAGUGUGGAGAGGAAGCACGCAUCCCCUCGCCCUCGUCCUGUGGCGUCCAGGAGGUGCCUAAACAUGAGCCGAGCAUGGAGUCGAAUCAGGGGAGCCAACAGCAGCAGGCAGGAGUUGCGAGGGAGGUCGAGGGAAGAGGAGAGAAGGAAAGAGCAGGAGGGGGUGAGAGAGGAGCUGUGGUUCCUCCAGAUGUGGUACAGCGAAGUCACGGCCUCGUCUACCCCGACAUCACCAACUUCCUAUCUGUGGAGUCCAGGACCAGGACGCACCAUGGAGGAGGGUCACGAUACAGUGAGAGCAACUUCAGUAUGGAGGAACAGGACUUGUCCCGGACAGAAUUUGACUCUUGUGACCAGUAUUCCAUGGCUGCUGAGAAGGAUUCAGGGCGAUCUGAUGUGUCUGACAUCGGCUCUGACAACGUGUCGCUGGCUGACGAGGAGCAGCAGACGCCCCGCGACUGUCCGGGCCACCGCUCCCUGCGCACUGCCGCCCUGUCCCUCAAACUGCUCCGCAACCAGGAGGCCGACCAGCAGAGCGCCAGGCUGUUCGUCCAGUCGCUUGCAGCACUGCUGCCCCGGCUGCUGGGAUUGGCCACCACCACGGAGGUAGACCUGUCGCUACAGAACUUCUCCUCCACCUUCUGCUCCGGACUGCAGGCUGGUGGGAUCCACUCUCCAGGUUUCGAGGCAGGCGACACUCUGAGCUGUCAGUCUUUGAUGAACGCUGACGGUCUCUACCUGGUGUCGUACUACGCUCUUCUGCUCAAUCUCAAACUCUGCUGCUGCGAAUACUACAGGCGGCGAACGCUCACGCCCGUCCUCAGCCUGAAGGAGUUUGUGCGUCUGAUCCAGAGCAGCGGAGUCCUCGUGGUUCUGUCUCAGGCCUGGAUCGAGGAGCUCUACCACCAGGUGUUAGAGCGCAACCUGCUGGGCGAGGCCGGGUACUGGGGCUCACUAGAAGACCACACACUGCCGCUCAUUACCAUGCUGACAGAUAUUGACGGUCUGGGCAGCAGUGCGAUUGGUGGUCAGCUGAUCAGGAGGGCAACCAGCCAAUCACCAAUCAGCUGUGACAAGGCUGGCAGUGACACUGUGAUGGCAGGAGCUGUGUUCUCCCGCUUCAUCCUUACCGGCGUGUGGAAAAACCUGAUCGAUGUGCUGUCCACGCCACUGACUGGGCGCAUGGCGGGGAGCUCCAAGGGCCUGGCCUUCAUCCUGGGAGCUGAGGGAGUCAAAGAGCAGAGCCAGAGGGAGAGAGACACCAUCUGUCUGAGCUUGGACGGCCUACGCAAAGCUGCCGCACUCAGCUGCGCCUUGGGUGUGGCUGCCAACUGUGCCUCAGCAUUAGCCCAGAUGGCUGCGGCCUCGUGUGUGCAGGAAGAGAAGGAGGAGAAGGAGGUGGGAGAGAUGGGAGACGCCAUCACGCAAGUGAAGCAGCGUGUCGAGCAGCGCCUGGAGCAGAUCGGCCGUCCUCAGGGAGUUCGCCUCCACACGGCUCAUGUGCUGUGCAUGGACGCCAUCCUGAACGUAGGUCUGGAGAUGGGCAGCCACAACCACGACUGCUGGCCUCAUGUCUUCAGGGUGACAGAGUACAUCAGUUCACUGGAGCACACCCACUUCAGCGACAGCUCCUCACAGUCCUCCUCUCUGACCACCAUCACCCAGCAGAGCCAGCAGCCAGUUGGCGUGGACCUGGGGAUGGAGCUGAGCUGCGAGCACAGCCCGGAGGCCUCGGAGCUGGGCCUCAGCCAGCCGGUCAUCCAGCCUCUGUCCAUCCAGGAGCUGCUGAGGGAGAGCAGCAGAGGCCGCGGUCUGGACCUGAAGAGUGGCAGCCUGAUGACUGGGACCAGUGCUGCCAAGGCUGUGUGUACGCUGUCAACACAGGCUGACAGGUUGUUUGAAGAAGCAGCUACGAAGCUGAACCUGGUCGGUCUGGUCGGCUUCCUGCAGCAGCUGAGGAAAGCUUCUCAGUCUCAGCUGUUCGACUCUGUUACUGAGACUGGAGACUAUUCACUGGCAAUGCCAGGAGAAGCCAAGUCGACACUGGAACGACGCAGUGCUCUCCAUCUCUUCCGUCUUGGCGAGGGCAUGCUGAGGAUCGUCAGGAACAAGAACCGACCUCUGCUCCACAUGAUGAGGGCCUGGAGCGUGGUGGCCCCACAUCUGGUGGAGGCGGCAUGUCACAAAGAGCGCCAUGUAUCCCAGAAGGCCGUUUCCUUCAUCCAUGAUGUUCUGACGGAGGUGCUGACGACCUGGGCGGAGCUUCCACACUUCCACUUUAAUGAGGCGCUGUUCAGGCCCUUUGAGCACAUCAUGCAGCUGGAGCUGUGUGACGAGGACGUACAGGACCAGGUCAUCACAUCAAUAGGCGAGCUGGUGGAGAUGUGCUCUCCUCAGAUCCUGUCAGGAUGGAGGCCUCUGUUCAGCGCUCUAAGGACCGUCCACAGCAACAAGACUGACACCAAAGACUACCUGCUGGGAGAGUACUCCAUGGGGAAGUCCCAGGCUCCAGUGUUCGAUGUCUUUGAGGCCUUUAUCAACACUGACAACAUCCAAGUUUUUGCAAAUGCUGCCACCGACUACAUCAUGUGUCUCAUGAAGUUCGUCAAAGGACUAGGGGAGGUGGACUAUAAGGAGAUUGGAGACUGUGUCAAUGCAUCAGGUUACAGCUCCACUGACCUCUGCCUGCCUGCUCUUGACUAUCUCCGCAAAUGUUCGCAGCUGUUGGCAAAGAUCUACAAGAUGCAGUCCAAGCCGGUGUUCCUGGGGGCGCGACUCGCCAGCCUGCCAAUGAGAUCCCAGGAACGCUCAAUCAGCACUGAGGAUGGGAUGGACUGUGUCCUGCAGGAGUUUGACGAUGACACAGGUCUGAUCCAGGUGUGGAUUUUGUUGCUGGAGCAGCUCACAGCAGCCGUGUCAAACUGUCCUCGCCAACACCAACCUCCGACGCUGGAGCUGCUCUUCACUCUGCUCAGAGAAGUCACCACCGUGCCAGGUCCAGGGUUCGCCAUCUUCUCCGUCAUCCAGCUACUGCUUCCUGUGAUGUCACUGUGGCUGCAGCGUAGCCACGGCGACCACUCCUACUGGGAUGUGGCAGCUGCAAAUUUCAAACAUGCCAUUGGUCUGUGCUGCGAGCUGGUAGUGGAGCACGUCAACAGUUUCAUACACUCAGAUAUUGGAUACGAGUCUCUGAUCAACCUGAUGUUGAAGGAUCUGUUCAAGCUUCUGGUGGCUUGUGUGUCUGAGCCUGCAGAGACCAUCUCCAGAGUGGGCUGCUCCUGCAUCAGGUAUAUUUUGGUCACAGUGGGUCCAGUGUUCACAGAGGAAAUGUGGCGGUUGGCCUGCUGUGCUCUGCAGGAUGCUUUUUCUGCUACAUUAGAGCCUGUCAAGAACCUCCUCGCGUGUUUUCAUAGCGGUUCGGACAGUUUCUCUGGGGACGCCUGUGAGGUGAAGGUGGCAGCUCCGUCUCACUCUCCUUCAGCCGAGGCCGAGUAUUGGAGGAUCAAGGCAAUGGCUCAGCAGGUCUUUAUGUUGGACACCCAGUGCUCUCCAAAGACGCCCAACAACAAGGAGGGCUUUGAGCACGCUCAGUCCUGCGUUCUCAUCAUCGAGCUGCCAUCUGACCAACAAUCCAACGGACACACUCAGAAGAGGAAAAUUGGGAUCCCAUUCCGGACCAUCGUGGUGAGCCUGCUGUCCCACCAGGUCCUGCUCCAGAACCUCUAUGACAUCCUGCUGGAGGAGUUCGUCAAGCAGCCCGAAGGAAACGAAAGGGUCACACCUGUGACCUCUGACCCCAGCCGGGCCACAGCAGGCUUCCUGCGCUACAUCUCCAUGACUAAUUUAGCCAUAAUUCUGGAUCUGCUGCUGGAUUCCUACAGGACGGCACGGGACUUUGACACUCGGCCAGGUCUGAAGUACCUGCUGAUGAAGGUGUCGGGUGUUUGUGGAGCGGCUAAUCUUUACCGUCAGUCUGCCAUGAGCUUCAAUCUGUACUUCCAGGCCCUGCUGUGUGCCACGCUGAGCCAAGCUGACAGCAUGACUGCACAGCAGGUGAAGAGGAUGCUGUAUGAGGAAGAGGAGGGGAGCUCUGACUCUUCUCACCCUGGCUCUGCUUCUUCAGAGGAUGAAGACAUCUUUGAAGAGACAGCACAGGUCAGUCCCCCUCGCGGACGGGAUAAACGUCAUCACUGGCGAGCUCCGAUCCCGUCUCUCAGCGUGCAGCCGCUGAGCAGCGCAGACUGGGCCUGGCUGGUCAAACGCCUCUACAAGCUGUGCAUGGAUCUGUGCAACAGCUACAUUCAAAUGCACCGAGACCUGGAGAGCACUCUGGAGGAGACGGCGUUGCUGAGAGGAGUAGGGGGAGGACCAGGAGGAGAUCACGUCUUCUUCCUGCCUCUCUUCCAGUCGGAGACGUCCACCCCGACGUCAGCAGGCGGGCUGUCGGCGAGGGGAACGCCAUCAGAGGAAGGCGGGUACAGGUGUCAGGCUGCGGACAGCGCAGCAUCGCCAGGAGAAACACCCACACCCAGCCCAGGAUUCAGCUGCACAGGCAGUCUGCCCCACCACUUUCGCACCGGUGGUGAGAGGAGGGACUCCAGCCUCACAGCAAGCUCAGUCGGAGGAGCUUCUGUCAGCGCUGGACCGGGAAGGAGAAAGGAAUGGUGGGAAAGCGCCGGGAACAAACUGUACACGAUCGCCACGGACAAAACCAUCAGCAAGCUGAUGAUGGAGUACAAACGCAGGAAACAGCAGCAGCAGCAGCAGCAGCAGAGCCACGUCAACCUGUUCAUGAAGGAGCAGGGCCGGGCGACGGCAGCAGGAGGGGGAGGAGGCAUGGAGGAGAGGAGGGGCCCCGUGGAGCCACAAAGGCCCCCGCAGAGGCCACAACAUCUGGUGGACCAGCAGUGCCCCCCCUUGAGGCACUCUGUCAGUGCGGGACCAGAGAUUCUGAGGCAGGAGAAGAGACCACGGUCAGGAUCCACCAUCAGCUCCCAGAGCAUCUCGCUGAGGGACUCUGAGGCUCAGAUACAGGCGUGGACCAACAUGGUCCUGACUCUCCUCAAUCAGGUCCUCCUCCUGUCAGAUUCCUCGUUCCUGGCGCUCCAGCCGGCGCUCUACCCCUGCCUCAGCCAGCUCUCCUGCCACGUGACCGACGCCCGGGUCCGCCAGGCGCUGCGCGAGUGGCUGGGCCGCGUCGGCAGACUCUAUGACAUCAUCGUGUGACAUUGCAAGCGAAGAAAUGUGAUAGCGCCGGACAAGGAGCGCAGUCUGUCAGUCAGUGAAGGACGUAAACAGGUGAAAGGUUGUUUAGAUUGGGUUGAUUUCAUCGCGUGACAGCGCCGCUGUGCGGGAAAUUCAUGAAGGGUAGAUUAGCUGACACUACGAUGCAAAGGCACACUGUGACAUCAUUAUGUCACAUGGAAUGAGCUCAACUUAUUGAUGAGAAAACUGAUGUCAACAUAUAUUUGUAUACACACUUUUAAUAAGCAUUGGGGAACAUAACUGACAUUAAAGGGGCUGUAUGUGACAUUCAGAACAUUAAUAAAGCAGCAAACCAGUAUUUGUCAUGCACAGAUAUAGCUGAGUAAUAGCGUCCUGACCAGAGAAUGAAGUCACCCAAGCUUCUCUGUUUGUUGCUGUGGUAGACGGUCCGGCCGUGACUGCAUGUUAGUGCAUGUGAGUCCCACUGGCUAGCUAAUCGCUGCCACUCUGCACCGCACUCGUGCGACACUUACCGCUGAAAUAAGGACGUUGUCACAGUAGCUUAGCGCCAGCCUUCUGGCUCCCACCUGUUUAUGGAGUUAGCACCGUUUGCUGCUAGCCACCUGCUACACCACCUCCAUGUUGAGAACUGUGUAGAGACAAUCCCGCCCAAGACUCCGAAUCAUAGAUAUGCUCUGAAUGUCGCACACAGCUCAGGAUUUGAUUGGCCGAUUAAAGAUGCAGUAAGAAGAAUGACGGAUUUAUCUGGUUAAUGAAGGAUUCUUUGUGUUUAACGGACAUUAUUCUGAAAAGUGAAUGUGCCAGUGCUGCCUCUAGUUUAAGUUGUUCAUUUACAUACACACACACACACACACACACACUGUGUCAAAGAUUUUAGAUAUAGAUAACUGAUUUGCAGAAUUGCUCACUAUUUUGUUGCAGUAUUGUAUUAUCGUCACAUUAAGCAUCCACUACAGUGAUAAAUAAUUACAGUGAAUUAUUGCUUCAUCCUUAAGUGGAUGCAGACAUAAAUGUGAACAUAAACGAUGCUUAUUGUAGUUCACUUGCAUACUUUUCCUUUGAGCGCAUCGGCACUUACUAAAGGGAGUCUUCUCGUAAAGAAACUGCUAUGUUUACACUCAGAGCAUUAUGAAGUUUCUUAUCACACUACUGUCAACAAUGGUUUGUAAGUUCAGUUACAUGAAAUGAGAUCCUUCAGUUUGAUGUUUCAGCUGUUAAACAUCUGCAUGCUUUACGGCUUCCAUACACUAAACAAUUGCAUCGCUGCCUUCUGCAGUCAACAGGAAUGUGUAUUAUGUCACCUUUGUGCAUGUGUGCAUACGUACAAGUGCUACUCGAGCAUGACAUUCAAACAAAACAGAGACUCUCUCAUUGAAAACAUCGCUCAAUAGCACCACAAGUGGUCAAAACCUCUACGGGGUACCUCUAAGGAUUUUCUUCUGACAACAUGGGGCCAUUGUUACUACUGGUUAUGAGAAUAAUGGUGAAUACUGUGGGUGACCUACCAAGUCACUUCCUUACCUGACCACAUAUAGGGGGACGUAUACUAUGUCUCAGUCCUGCCUCAGCUCAUCUAUGAGAAACGUUGUGUAUGAACACCACAGAGACAGAUCACUAGCAUAAACCAGCUGAAACGAGGUCGACGGGUUUAAAGUUGAAAAUGCAAACUUUAGGUUAGGUAAAGGUUUACUAUGCAGGAAUUGCCGGUUACUGAUUGUAAACAGUAUUGCCAAUGAAAGUAAAAGCCAACCAGCAGAGUCAUUUUAGUUUGCUAUAUUUGUGUUUUUCUGCGCUGUGUCUGCAAUUUUUGUAGCUUCCUCUUGGAUGCAUGCUGCUUACAGUUUGGUUACUACCUUUUUGUAAAGUCCCAACCUCCAUACAGGCAGAGGGCAGGGUCUCUCAAAUAAAUACAUCACCACAAACUCAGUAGGUCAUACUGGUAGUGAUGAUUGAGAGACUUUUGUAUGAGUCAAUACAUUGUGUUCUAGGAAAAUCCUGCAUAAUAUAGCCUGACUUUAAAAUGUUAUUUUAUGUGUUUAUUUAGUUUAUUUUCUCAUAAUCAGAGAAUGUGCUGCCAUUACAUCUGCUGGUGACGUGUUUCGCAGUCGAUCCGAUUGUAUGUUUGUUUGCUGCUGCCAUACAUUUCCUAUAUCCAGCUUUGAAUACCGUGCACUCAUUCACCUUCAACUAAAUAUUAAACCUCCUAGAAUGAGUCUUAACCAGAGUGGAGCAAUCAAGUAUUUAUUUUAACCACAUAUCACAUACAGAAUAUGUAUUUUAAUGUUGAAUGCCAGUGCUAUAUUACAUUUUAUUU